AUGUCUAAAUUAAUCAGUUUCGAAGAUUUCCUAAGUUAUGCCAAUGCAUUGAAUGCCACCAUUGGUCUCGUAGCCUACGAAAAACCUAAUACAAAACCUCUUAAGAAACUCAUAUUCGAUAUGAUUUUUUGGCUAAAUUUCGUAAAUUUAAACUUGGUGCUACUCGGAGAAUUUAUUUUUGUCAUAGAAUCAGUGAAUGGUCAUCAUGAAUUUCUCGAAAUGAUUAUGGCUUUAUCCUACAUUGGUUUUGUGGCCCUGGGAAGUUUUAAAACAUGCAUUAUCAUGCAAAAGAAAUCGCAUCUGACCACUUAUGCCAGGGAUAUGAAUCAAAUAUUUCCAAAUGCAUCGAUUGCAGUUCAGCGAGAGUUAAAUGUUCAAAAAUAUCUGAAAUAUUCGAAAUUCUUUUCAAUUAUGUUUUCGACAAUGUGUUUGGCAAUGUUGGUGUUCUUUAACUUUGAAGCCAUAGCUGAAUGGUUAAUUGCCACCGAAUUACGAGGAGAUGUAAAUGCAGCACAGCACCUACCGUAUUUUAUGUAUGCUCCAUGGGAUUGGUCGGGCAAUCAUUGGUCAUAUUAUCUGCUGUAUGGUAUUCAGUGUUGGGCCGGUCAUACUUCGGUGGUGGCCCAGUUUUCAAGUGAUUUACUCUUAUAUGCCUUCAUUGGCCAGCUGAUAAUGCAUUUUGAGGCCAUAACUAAGGAUGUUAUAUUUUAUUGGAGUGAGUUUCGGGCAUUGGAUUUCUUUUAUAAUUUUUCUAAAUUUUUGUUUUUAUCUUACAGGCUAUCGGAACGUAUUAAUGAUUUAUUUGGCCUGUCAUUGUUUGUUAAUUUUGCCACCUCAGCUGUGGUCAUGUGCUUCUUAGGUUUCCAGAUGUCAAUUGGAGCUUCGUUCGUCAAUUUAAUGAAAUUGGUUUUAUUUUUAAUACUCAUGCUGACACAAGGAUUCCUAAUUUGCCAUUUCGGUCAGCUUUUGACAGAUGCGAGUCUCAGUAUAGCUGAUGCCGCCUUCAAUCAAAAUUGGAUAGACAGCGAUGUGUGUUGUCAAAAAAUGUUAAUAUUAAUCACAGAAAGAGCACAAAAACCCGUCAUACUUAAGGCCACAACACUGGUGCCAGUCUCUCGUGCAACAAUGACCCAGCUCCUACAAAUUUCCUAUAAAUUCUUCGCUUUAUUGAGAACAAUGUAUGUGCAGUGA